AUGGACGCGUUCUUAAGCCGCAAACGGCCUCGGUCGCCUCAAUUCACGCCAAGCUCAGUCGUUCUCAGGACAGCAGUCGAGGAAGCUACAGACCAUGGUCCGGAAGACGACUCAACGGACUUCAAGCUGGCGAUUUUGUCCUCGUUGCACUCUGAUGUCUCCCAAGAAGCUCUCUUGGAGAUACUACUCGAUCAUGAUGGUUCUGUCGAAAGAUCGUCAAACGCCAUCUCGUCCGUGAGCACGGACUUGCCGCCACCGAAGAGGAAGGUGUCAGCUGUUGGAGCCCAGACUGCAUUGUCAUUUGGUCAAAACUUGUCAGUCGUGCCAUCUUUGCAAUCUUUGACGAAGAGAGGCCGGACCUUGCACCUUUAUCGCCCGGAGGACAUCGCAAUACACACCCCGUGCAGUAUCAUUCACAAUUUCCUGCCCUCAGAUCUGGCCAACGAGCUACUAGAAGAGCUUCUGCCCGAAGUCCCAAGCUACACGUCCGCAACCUUUAAGCUGUUCGACAAUGUGGUCAAAUCACCUCACACAGCAUCAUUUUAUGUCGACUCAUCGAUGCUGGCCGAGCAGCGCCACACUUAUCUCUACAACGGUUCUUAUCUUUCCGACGUACGGCAAUUGCUUCCAACAAUGAGCAAAGUGUCUCAUCGCGUUCAGGAGGCUGUCAAUGACGAGGUGAAGACACGCAUACGAACCCACUACCCCAACGGAGAGAAGCUCAAAUUUCAGAGCUCGAAGGAAUGGCAACCAAAUGCCGCGUUUGUGAACUGCUACGAUGGACCAGCGCAGUCAGUCGGCUAUCAUAGCGAUCAAUUGAGCUAUCUUGGACCUCGCGCUGUCAUUGGCAGCCUGUCUCUCGGCGUAGCCAGAGAGUUCCGCGUGCGCAAAAUCGUACCACCAGACUCGCCGCCUCAGUCGCCUGGACAAUCAGAUAAAGCUUCCAGAUCACAAGCAGAUCAGCAAGGUCAAAUCGCUAUUCAUCUCCCACACAAUUCGCUGCUUGUGAUGCAUGCAGAAAUGCAAGAAGAGUGGAAACACAGCAUUGCUCCUGCACAAUCGAUCGAUCCCCAUCCCAUCGCCGGCAACAAGCGCAUCAACAUAACCUAUAGAUGGUAUCGUGAGGAGUUCCAUCCUAGCAAAACGCCCCGCUGUAAAUGCGGUACUCCAACUGUCCUAAAGUGUGUCCAAAAGAGGAAGGAAACUCGUGGUCGGUAUAUGUGGAUGUGUCAAGUCGGUAGUCGAGCCGAAGCCAAGGCUGCUGUUGAUGUAGAUUCUACGGAAGGGGCUGUUGGAUGUGGAUACUUUCAAUGGGCAGAAUUUACUGACGAUGGACAGCCAGUCUGGAAGGAGCCGGCGGGGAACUCUACUACCGAAGAUGUUCGGACAAAACAUGAGCGUUUUCUCUAUCCUUAA